UAUAACGACUUCAUUGUACAGGAGACUUUGGAUUCUAACGUCAUCACCAAGCGUAUAAUAUUCGAGAAGGAUCCAGACACUCAAGAGCCUCUGAUUGAGGCUCAUAUUUAUUUGUCCCAUGUUUUGACUGCCAAUUUUCAUAUUUUAUCCUUUAUAGCUGUUCAAUUCCUCUGGAAUUGUCUUAUCGAAUCGGUUGAACACUACAACUCGAAAAAUGGUGAGACUAGUGGUGCAGUACUUGCACAUUGCAUGGGCCUCGGGAAGACUCUUUCUCUUAUUGCUUUAGUUCAUACUCUUCUUCGUGUACCACCCGAUCUGCUGCCAGGUCUCCAAACCUGUUUGGUAAUAUGCCCUGUAUCUACUAUUUUAAAUUGGAAAAAUGAAUGGGAAAUGUGGGUUCCGCCAGAUGCGCAAGUUCAUGUCUUUGAAUUAGCUACAAAAAUCAACAAUAAGUUCCGCGUUGACGGUGGCGUCCUGUUGAUUGGCUAUAGUAUGUUUAGAAAUCUGGUGACAAGUUUCAUGAAACGCGUACGUUCAAAAGAUACUAAACAGCUACUAAUGCAAACUCUACUCGAUCCUGGUCCAGACAUAGUGGUGUGUGACGAAGGCCACUUGCUUAAAAAUGAGAAAUCUGGUCUUUCGAAGGCUGUUUCACAAAUUAAGACCAAGAAGCGUGUUGUUAUGACGGGCACUCCCUUGCAAAACAGCCUUGCAGAAUAUUUUACUAUGGUCAAUUUCGUAAAACCUAAUCUCCUUGGUACUGCUAAGGAAUUCAGCAACAGAUUCAUAAAUCCCAUACGAAAUGGACAGCAUUCCAACUCAACUGCCACUGAUGUCAAUAUUAUGAAAAAGAGGGCUCAUAUUCUUUUCAAAACUUUAGAUGGUUCUGUCCAGCCACAGCGUCGAUUGUAUGCUGCCUAUCUUGAUUUACGUCAGAAGGGUAAAAUUAAAGACUCGGAUGUAAUGGCUGAACUUCCCAAUCCAGAAAAUACUGAAAAUGAAGAUGUUGACUAUGAUCUUGUUAUUAUUGAACAACAAAGCAUUCGCGCUAAGUCUAAUACGGCACCUAGCCUUAAUGGUCCUGGAGAUAAAUGCCCUCGAAACAGCCUCUUUGCUGAUCAACAAGUGCUUUACAGGAUUUGGACUCAUCCCUAUACUUUGCGCAUCCAUGAAACUAGAGAAGCCAGAAGAGUAAGUAAUCUAGCGUUUUAA